AUUUGAAAAAAAUCAUCUUUCAGAAUCGUCAAAGACAUCGUCAGUGAAAGAAGUUUGUUAAAAACAAAAUAUUCAUUAUCAAACAACAUUGUCUGUGUGUCACUGUGUCUCUGUGUUUAAUUUAAAUGGCACCAAAAUUUGCACCAAAAGUAUGGAAACGACCCUAUACAAGUAUCUAUACGGAUAAUUAUCGUUAUGGAAAUUCAUUAUAUUCGGAUGCUGUUGAUGAAAUUGAACGUAAAUAUAAUGAAGCAUUAGCACGAACAUCGUUUCGUCGUGAUCGACCAGAUUUAGGUUUAUCAUCAUUUGCUGAUAGUCAAUUAAUGGGAGAAUCAAUGGCAAGAAAUCUACGAACACAAGCUGCAAAUGAUUCACUUUCGAAUGAAAUAACGAGAACAAUGUCAACCGAACGUGUUAAUAGUUAUCUUGAAGGUAGUGAACGACGUGCACAUUCAGCAGCAUUACGUUCAUCAUCACCAUCACCAUACGAAUCGUAUACAUCACGUCAAUUGGAACGUUUGAAUUCUGAAUUGGAAGAUAGCCGACGUUUACGACGAUCAACUAGUCGACGAUCGAUUCCAAGACGACCGGAAUCAGCUUAUUAUCAAAGACAAUCAUCAUAUGAAAUGUCAAAUGAUGAUAAUGGUGUUGCUAAACCACGUGAUUCAUUUUGGAUGGAAAGAUGCAACGAAUUAUUAAAAGAAGUUGAAUCAAUACGUUUAGAUUUGAAUGAAUCAUCAAAUAAAAUUAAACAAGAACAAGCAACAUUGAAAGGUAAAACUGAACGGGAAAUAGCCGAUUUGAUGAUGACAAUCGAAGAUCAAGAUCGUCAAUGUAAUGAUUUGCAAAAACAAUUGAGGAAACAAGCGAAACAAGUUUCGGAUAUAUCGCUUGAAUUGCAAUCAUCACAACGACAAUAUCAAGAUUGUAAUGAACAACUUGGACAGGCACAAAAACGUUGUCUAAAUCUUCAACAUGAAUUAGAAGCAAUGAACAAUAAUUUGGAAAAGUCACAUAUCUAUACAUCGUUUGCAAAAGAAUUGAGUAAAUCAUCAACAACAUCAGCAAUGCAUAUGCCUGAACAUUACAAUGUUAAACGUGAUCCAAGAUUUCAAUUGAUGGAAUAAAAUAUAUACCCCCACAACGGAAAACAAAUAAUUUUUUCGCAUGAAAAAACAACAAAACAAAAACAGAAAUCGUAUUUUAUGUGUGUCAAACUGCCAUUUUAGAAAUUGACAUUUUUCUUAACCAAAUGAAAAACCAAAAAAAUUUAUUUAU